AAGAAAAAUACGAGACGUGGACCGGAGAGAGAGAGUAAGACGAAGACACGAACACGAGAGGGGAGGAAUCGAGCGAGCUUGAGAAACACGAAAAAAAGCUUGGUGAUGAAGGUCUGACCCGCGCAUUCAUACCAUGAGUACGUCAGUAGAGGACCCGGUCACGCCCCCUCCCAUGACCACGCCCCCUCGCAAAGCUUCGGUCCGUCUACAGGAGAGGCGGGGCUCCAACCUGUCACUGCUAUUGGAUGUGAGUACAUUGGGGGCGGAGCCUGUCUGCUCCGUGUCCACCCCUAAGGAGGUGUGGCUCCAGCUGCUGCACACCUCCAGUCGCCCGCUCACACACACACUGCUGCAGCAGGCCGCCACGGACACCAACACCCUGAAUGUAGAGUACCAGAAAAUCCCUCCGAACUUUGUGAGCGCCGCAGAGCUCGAUGUUCCAGGUCACAUGAUCAAGGACCGAUACAAAACCAUCCUGCCCAACCCUGAGAGCCGGGUGGUCCUGAGGAGCCCAGAGGAAGAGGCGGGGCCAGACCGCUACAUCAACGCCAACUACAUUCGGGGUUACAGAGGAGCCCAGAGGUCCUACAUCGCCACCCAGGGGCCGAUGCUGCACACUGUGGGAGACUUCUGGGACAUGGUGUGGCAGGAGAGGAGCAGCAUCAUCAUCAUGGUUACAAGACUGAAGGAGAACAACGAGAAGUGUGAGCUGUACUGGCCACAGCCGAAGGAGAGGGGGACAAGGGUGGAGGAGGAGGAGGAGGACGACGAAGAGGAGGAACAGAGGGAUAAGAGGGAGGAUGAAGGAGAGACGGGUCGAUUCGGCAGAUUCAUCCUCAAAGUCAAAGACAGUCGAGAGAAAGACGGUUUCACUGUGACUGACAUGGAGAUUCAGCUGUGUUCAGAGCGGCGUCCCAUCAGACAUUACUGGUUCACCUCUUGGCCUGACCACCACAUCCCACAAUGCAUCGCUCCUCUGCUGGGACUGGUGGAGGAGGUGGAGAUGUACAGCAAGUCCCUCCCACCAGCUGGUCCUGGACCAAUCAUCGUCCACUGCAGUGCAGGUAUAGGGAGGACAGGUUGUUUCAUAGCCAGCAGUAUCGCUGUCAACAGCUCAGAGAAACUGCUCAGGUCGACAUCUUGGAGACAGUUUGUCAGCUUCGACUCGAUAGGGGUGGUAUGAUCCAAACCACGGAGCAGUACCAGUUCCUGUACACCACUCUGGCCCAGUAC